AUGAUACAAACACAUAGGACUCUUGAGUCCAUAGCAGCUUGCUCAGGCAUCACUGCGUGUCUCUCCGAAGGUGAGACUGAGUGCAGCUUCCUUUCAAAACAGUGCCCACCUUGCGUAUAUGCUCUCUCCGGCGGCGAUUUCUCCUGUUAUACUCGUAAGGAAACGGGAAAAUGUCCAUUUUCGGGAACGUAUGCCGAAUGCGAUAUGGCUGCAAUAAAAAGCUUGAACAGUGGGACGAGUGGGACUGCCACGACACCAUCGACAGAACCUAGAACGACAAACACGCCAGUAUCGGAAAGUACUUUGAUUCCACCCUCUGGAACGCCGGCAUCGAGAAAUGGGAAUCUCAAAAACACAGGCCAGACUGACACAAAAAAUAAUUCAUUUUCAACUGCGAUCGAGGCAACUACGGGACCACCUCCAGCGACUUUGGAUCGCUUAAGUCCGACUGAGACCCCUGCAACGCCUCCACCCGAUUCAGAUCCAAUAGAAUCUCCAGCCGCGCCUUCUUCUUCAUUAGAUCCGCCCGAAUCUCCAGCCACGCCUUCUUCUUCAUUAGAUCCGUCCGAAUCUCCAGCCACGCCUGAAUUCGAUUUAAAUCUGGACAAAUCGCCUGUCACGCCUUCAGCAGGUAGUUUAGAUUCAAAUGAGUCGUUAAAAAAUGUUCCAGGCGAGAAGGUCAUGGUCAAUAGCGUUAAGUCUUCAGCAAGUGCGCCCACAGCUGGCAAUAUGGUUCUCGUUGGUGGUGCAGUGGCACUUGUAGCGGUAGUGAUGGUAUUUGUUGUUCGUCGUAGUUUGACAAAAAAGAAAUUGGGUGCUUCGAACGGAAAUACGGUCUCGUCUGGACACAACAGCGCUUGGUCGGACCGAACGCUUGAUACGGAUGCUUCUGGACGCAACAUCUACGCAACAUAUGAGUAUAAAAAUGAUGAUAAGUCCAAGGAUAUUACAAUGCUGUCAGACUCGCAGGCGUCCAGCACUUUUAGCUCUGGAUUUCACGGAAAACCAGCCACAGACUCGAGAACAACGGCUGACUUCUCAAACUUUGGAGGAAAUGCAAAGUAUUAUGCCGACUAUAGUGUGAGUUCAGGACCUGAUCAUGCAACGGCUAAUGCAGCUGCUGGUGUAGGUGCCGAUGCCCCACUUCACUUCUCAAAUAAAAGUGCACAUUCAAACACGAAGAAAAACAACAAUUUUGUAGAUGUUACUGGCUCGUCAUCUUCAAUGCGAGGAUCUGACCUAGAGUUGAGGCGUGCAGGGCAGCAUCCAUUGACUGUGAGUCAGCUAAUGCCAAAAGCCAUUCGCGAAGAUCAAGAAGAAGGUUCCGGCACUCGACGACGGCCAGAAAGUAAACAGUAUGAUGCCGCACAAGCUCCUUUCUAUCAUUUACAAACUGCCAAAUCUGCUGUUAGUCCUCACGGUAGUAGCCAAAUGUUUGAUGUCUCAACGACUAGCAGUAUGUACGACAUUGUCGACCCGAUGACAAUGCGUGAUGUUGAGUCACGAAGCACAGAAAUGUAUGCAGUGGACAAUCAAUAUCCAAAGUUCUCGUUUGCAUCUUCAGCUGCUUCCUCAGGCAUUUACGAUGGCGAUUGGUCUGAAGACGAGAGUAUUGACGGCAGUCGAGUACACGAACAUGUUGUGGAACACAUGAUUUAA